CUAGUGUUGUUAGACUGCGAAUAAGUAAACAAAUUUGUCUGCAGCCCUGGUCUAUUUUGUUUAUGGUCGUCGGUGUUUUCCAAAUUGCUCUAAAAUGGACCAAAUCCUGUUUCCCACGCAGCAGAAGAGCAACUCUCUAAGUGACGGCGAUGAUGUCGACCUAAAGUUCUUCCAGUCUGGCUCCGCCGAGCGGAAGGACAGCGAAACCUCGGAUCCUGGAAACGAUGCGGAUCGUGAAGGCAAGGACGUGGAUGGUGACAACAAGAAUACGGACGGGGACGGGGACUCCGGCGAACCCGCGCACAAAAAGCUAAAGACCAAGAAGGAACUGGAGGAGGAGGAACGUGAACGGAUGCAGGUUCUCGUUUCCAACUUCACAGAGGAACAACUGGAUCGCUACGAAAUGUAUCGCCGUUCUGCUUUUCCCAAAGCCGCCGUCAAGCGUUUGAUGCAGACCAUUACUGGUUGUUCUGUUUCCCAAAACGUUGUGAUUGCCAUGUCCGGAAUUGCUAAGGUUUUCGUGGGCGAGGUGGUGGAGGAGGCCCUCGAUGUGAUGGAGGCUCAGGGUGAAUCCGGCGCCCUACAACCUAAAUUUAUCCGCGAGGCUGUACGCCGGCUGAGAACCAAGGAUCGAAUGCCCAUUGGCCGAUACCAACAGCCCUACUUCAGACUAAACUAGAAAGUCGUGGAAUCUAAGUAGUUGAUAAGACUGUUAGUAAAUAUAAAGAAAAUAUUUGUAUUUUUA